CAACCGAACGACAGAGAUUUAGGGUUAGGGCGCGGGGGUUUUGGUUUCGAGAACUCUUCAAAAGCCGAAGGGUGCUCGUCGUCGAAACCCCGUUCUCCGCUCUUGCCGUUGUGGUCGUCGUCCUGUCCGCCGUAAGAACAGGAAGCAGAAGGGAGUCGGUCGAUCCGCCGCGCCUUUAUCCGCAGCCAUGCACGCCCCGGUUCUCGUUCUCAAGGAUUCUUUAAAACGGGAAUCUGGAAGUAAGGUUCAUCAUGCCAACAUCCAAGCUUCUAAGGCUGUGGCUGACAUAAUCCGAACUACUUUGGGUCCUCGAUCUAUGCUUAAGAUGCUACUUGAUGCUGCAGGAGGAAUUGUAGUUACUAAUGAUGGAAAUGCUAUACUACGUGAGCUGGAUCUUGCUCACCCAGCUGCUAAGUCAAUGAUUGAAUUAAGCCGCACUCAGGAUGAAGAAGUUGGAGAUGGCACGACAUCUGUCAUUGUACUUGCUGGCGAGAUGCUCCAUGUUGCUGCAACAUUCAUUGACAAGAACUACCAUCCUACUGUUAUAUGUCGAGCAUACAAUAAAGCUCUUGAAGAUUCUAUCUCUGUUCUGGAUAAAAUUGCAAUGCCUAUUGAUGUGACUGACCGAGCCACAAUGUUGAGCCUUGUCAAAAGUUGUAUUGGUACAAAAUUUACUGGGCAAUUCGGGGGCCUCAUUGCUGAUCUUGCCAUUGAGGCUACAACAACAGUUGGUGUGGACCUUGGUCAAGGUUUACGUGAGGUUGAUAUUAAAAAGUACAUAAAAAUUGAGAAGAUUCCUGGAGGGCAGCUGGAGGAUUCCAAGGUCCUCAAGGGAGUAAUGAUUAACAAAGAUGUUGUUGCCCCUGGAAAAAUGAGGAGGAGGAUAUUGUUCCCACGAAUUAUUCUACUUGAUUGCCCCCUUGAGUAUAAGAAAGGAGAAAAUCAGACUAAUGCUGAGUUGGUAAAAGAAGAAGACUGGGAAAUUCUGCUGAAGCUGGAAGAGGAAUACAUACAGAACAUGUGCAUGCAGAUAUUGAAGUUCAAACCUGACUUGGUCAUUACAGAAAAAGGGCUCAGUGACCUUGCAUGCCAUUAUCUCAGCAAGGCUGGAGUCAGUGCUAUCCGGAGAUUGAGAAAAACUGACAAUAACAGGAUCGCAAAGGCUUGUGGAGCUGUUGUUGUCAAUAGGCCAGAGGAAUUGCAAGAAUCUGAUGUUGGAACUGGAGCUGGGCUUUUCGAGGUCAAGAAGUUUGGUGAUGAGUUCUUUGCAUUUAUUGUGGAUUGCAAAGAUCCAAAAGCCUGUACUGUCUUAUUGAGAGGUGCCAGUAAGGAUCUUUUGAAUGAGGUCGAAAGGAACUUGCAGGAUGCUAUGUCAGUAGCAAGGAACAUCUUGAAAAACCCAAAACUUCUUCCUGGUGGUGGUGCAACAGAAUUAACAGUAUCUGCAGCUUUAAAGCAGAAGAGUUCAUCGAUCGAAGGGAUAGAAAAGUGGCCUUAUGAAGCUGCUGCUGUAGCUUUUGAGGCUAUCCCACGAACCUUAGCACAGAAUUGUGGAGUGAAUGUCAUUCGGACAAUGACUGCCCUCCAAGGAAAGCACGCUGAUGUUGGAAAUGAAUGGACUGGCAUUGAUGGAAAUACUGGUGAUAUUGUGGAUAUGAAGGAGCGGAAGAUAUGGGACUCGUACAAUGUUAAGGCCCAAACUUUCAAGACAGCCAUGGAGGCUGCUUGCAUGCUUUUGAGGAUUGAUGACAUAGUGAGCGGGAUCAAGAAGAAGCAAGCUCCAGGGGCUGGCCCAACUCCAUCAAAGCCCAAGGUAGAGGAGGAAGGAGAUGCAGACAGUGAGCAGAUACUUCCAGAAUAGAAGUUUGUUUGGGAGGAGGGCGCUUAUUUUUGUUGCCGCUGCUGUUUGUCGUCUGCGAGAACCGUUGAAACGGGUCUGGGGGAACAUGUUUUGUUCGUGCGACUGCAGUUGCCAUGAAUCAUCUCGAGUCUUUAGGAUGUUGACGUUCGUUCGGUAUUUUGACUGACUUUUUGGUUUGGUGGAGAUACUCGGUUCAUGUCA